GCAUUGGGAAAGAAUUUGAAAAUAAAAAUACAGCUCCGUGAUUUUCAACAUAAAGACCACGAACAGCAUAGUCAGUCGUGAAAAAAAAUUCACAUCCAGAAGUUGGAGGGCCACAAAGUACAAGUCGCCCAGGCCAGUCUGCAGAGACUGUUCAUGCUUCCGCCCAGCAAAAAUCUGGAAGGCGACACGUCGCGACGAAUUUCAGCUGCAGAAGAGGAAGAGCAUCACCUGCAGUCCGCGGCGUGGGAAACGCCGCCGGAGGGGCUCCGCGAGCCGGGGAAGUGCGCGCAGCGGGGCUCCGGGCGGCUCAGGCGCUGAGUGCGAGGAACGCCCGCGCUCGCCGGCGCCCGGGAAACGCAGCCGAAGGAGGAGGGCAGGCGUUUCACCCGCGCCACAGCUGCGGCCGGCCAGAGAGACCGCAGAGGCCGGGACCCCCCGCAGCCUCCGCGCCCGCUGCUGCGACUGCCGGAGUGGCGCGCCCAGCCGGAGAAUCCCGUCCGCGCCCGGGGCGGGGGGCGAGGCGGGGCGCUGACGUCACCUCCCCUCCCCCACCGCCUCCAAGAGGGAGGGAGUCGGGAAAGAGGCAGCGAGUCGCCGCAGCCGCCGGCCGCAACUCCUCAACUCGGCGGCUGGCUGCCUGGGCACGUCCUGACAAACUUGGCUGCUCCCGGGCCCUCGUUCCGGCCCCGCGCACUCUCUUUUCGCCUGCGUUUGGUGCUUAAGUUUGUCCUGGUCGGAAGCCUCCGGAGAUGCGGCCGCCUGGGUCCCGGCGGCACGGACGUUGGCACUCUGGUUAGGGACACGCUGAAGAUCCCGGGGAGGCAAAGUUGGUACUUCAAACCCGGCUCGUAACACAUAUCUACACCGCGGGGGGAUCACGGAGCUGCCGGGGACUUUAGAGCCCAGGGCCGAGGACUCGGCUAGACUGAUUCCCGACAGUUAAGCAAUGGGGAGACAUUUGGCCUUGCUCCUGCUUCUCCUCCUCCUCUUCCAACAUUUUGGAGACAGUGAUGGCAGUCAACGACUUGAACAGACUCCUCUACAGUUUACACACCUCGAGUACAACGUCACUGUGCAUGAGAACUCUGCAGCUAAGACUUACGUGGGGCAUCCUGUCAAGAUGGGUAUUUACAUUACACAGCCAUCGUGGGAAGUAAGGUACAAAAUUGUUUCCGGAGACAGUGAAAACCUGUUCAAAGCUGAAGAGUACAUUCUCGGAGACUUUUGCUUUCUAAGAAUAAGGACCAAAGGAGGAAAUACAGCUAUUCUUAAUAGAGAAGUGAAAGACCACUACACAUUGAUAGUGAAAGCACUUGAAAAAAAUACUAAUGUGGAGGCGCGAACGAAGGUCAGGGUGCAGGUGCUGGAUACAAAUGACUUGAGGCCGUUAUUCUCACCCACCUCAUACAGCGUUUCUUUACCUGAAAACACAGCCAUAAGGACCAGUAUUGCAAGAGUCAGCGCCACAGACGCAGACAUAGGAACCAACGGAGAAUUUUACUACAGUUUUAAAGAUCGAACAGAUAUGUUUGCUAUUCACCCAACCAGUGGUGUGAUAGUGUUAACUGGUAGACUUGAUUACCUAGAGACCAAGCUCUAUGAGAUGGAAAUCCUCGCUGUGGACCGUGGAAUGAAAUUGUAUGGGAGCAGUGGCAUCAGCAGCAUGGCCAAGCUAACGGCGCACGUCGAACAGGCCAAUGAAUGUGCCCCGGUGAUUACAGCAGUGACAUUGUCACCGUCAGAACUGGACAGGGACCCAGCAUAUGCAAUUGUGACAGUGGAUGACUGCGAUCAGGGUGCCAAUGGUGACAUAGCAUCUUUAAGCAUCGUGGCAGGCGACCUUCUCCAGCAGUUCAGAACAGUGAGGUCCUUUCCAGGGAGUAAGGAGUAUAAAGUCAAAGCCAUCGGUGGCGUUGAUUGGGACAGUCAUCCUUUCGGCUACAAUCUCACACUACAGGCUAAAGAUAAAGGAACUCCGCCCCAGUUCUCUUCUGUUAAAGUAAUUCACGUGACUUCUCCACAGUUCAAAGCCGGGCCAGUCAAGUUUGAAAAGGAUGUUUACAGAGCAGAAAUAAGUGAAUUUGCUCCUCCCAACACACCUGUGGUCAUGGUAAAAGCCAUUCCUGGUUAUUCCCAUUUGAGGUAUGUUUUUAAAAGUACACCCGGAAAAGCUAAAUUCAGUUUAAAUUACAACACUGGUCUCAUUUCUAUUUUAGAACCAGUUAAAAGACAGCAGGCAGCCCAUUUUGAACUUGAAGUAACAACAAGUGACAGAAAAGUGUCCACCAAGGUCUUGGUGAAAGUCUUAGGUGCAAAUAGCAAUCCGCCUGAAUUUACCCAGACAGCGUACAAAGCUGCUUUUGAUGAGAACGUGCCCAUUGGUACUACUGUCAUGAGCUUGAGUGCCGUAGACCCUGAUGAGGGUGAGAAUGGGUAUGUGACAUACAGUAUCGCAAAUUUAAAUCACGUGCCAUUUGCGAUUGACCAUUUCACUGGUGCUGUGAGUACGUCAGAAAACCUGGACUACGAACUGAUGCCUCGGGUUUAUACUCUGAGGAUUCGUGCAUCAGACUGGGGCUUGCCGUACCGCCGGGAAGUCGAAGUCCUUGCUACAAUUACUCUCAAUAACUUGAAUGACAACACACCUUUGUUUGAGAAAAUAAAUUGUGAAGGGACAAUUCCCAGAGAUCUAGGCGUGGGAGAGCAAAUAACCACUGUUUCUGCUAUUGAUGCAGAUGAACUUCAGCUGGUACAGUAUCAGAUUGAAGCUGGAAAUGAACUGGAUUUGUUUAGUUUAAACCCCAACGCUGGGGUAUUGUCAUUAAAGCAGUCGCUAAUGGAUGGCUUAGCUGCAAAGAUGUCUUUUCACAGUCUGAGAAUCACAGCUACAGAUGGAGAAAAUUUUGCCACACCGUUAUAUAUCAACAUAACAGUGGCUGCCAGUCGCAAGCUGGUAAACUUGCAGUGUGAAGAGACUGGUGUUGCCAAAAUGCUGGCAGAGAAGCUUCUGCAGGCAAAUAAAUUACACAACCAGGGAGAGGUGGAGGAUAUUUUCUUUGAUUCUCACUCUGUCAAUGCUCACAUACCACAGUUUAGAAGCACUCUUCCGACUGGUAUUCAGGUAAAGGAAAACCAGCCUGUGGGUUCCAGUGUAAUUUUCAUGAAUUCCACUGACCUUGACACUGGCUUCAAUGGAAAACUGGUCUAUGCUAUUUCUGGAGGAAAUGAGGAUAGUUGCUUCGUGAUUGACAUGGAAACAGGAAUGCUGAAAAUUUUAUCUCCUCUUGACCGUGAAACAACAGACAAAUACACCUUGAAUAUUACCGUCUAUGACCUUGGGAUACCCCAGAAAGCUGCAUGGCGUCUUCUACAUGUCGUGGUUGUUGAUGCCAAUGAUAAUCCACCCGAGUUUUUACAGGAGAGCUAUUUUGUGGAAGUGAGUGAAGACAAGGAGGUACAUAGUGAAAUCAUCCAGGUUGAAGCCACAGAUAAAGACCUAGGGCCCAACGGACACGUGACAUACUCGAUUCUUACAGACACAGAUACAUUUUCAAUUGACAGUGUGACGGGUGUUGUUAAAAUUGCGCGCCCUCUGGAUCGAGAGCUGCAGCAUGAACACUACUUGAAGAUUGAAGCCAGGGACCAAGCCAGAGAAGAGCCUCAGCUGUUCUCCACUGUCGUUUUGAAAGUAUCACUAGAAGAUGUUAAUGACAACCCACCUAAAUUUAUUCCACCUAAUUAUCGUGUGAAAGUCCGAGAGGAUCUUCCAGAAGGAACCGUCAUCAUGUGGUUAGAAGCGCACGAUCCUGAUUUAGGUCAGUCUGGUCAAGUGAGAUACAGCCUUAUGGACCACGGAGAAGGAAACUUUGAUGUGGAUAAACUCAGUGGAGCAGUUAGAAUCGUCCAGCAGUUGGACUUUGAGAAGAAGCAAGUGUAUAAUCUCACUGUGAGGGCCAAAGACAAGGGAAAGCCAGUUUCUCUGUCCUCUACCUGCUAUGUUGAAGUUGAGGUGGUUGAUGUGAAUGAGAACUUGCACCCACCCGUGUUUUCCAGCUUUGUGGAAAAGGGGACAGUGAAAGAAGAUGUGCCUAUUGGUUCAUUGGUAAUGACAGUGUCGGCUCAUGAUGAGGACGCCGGAAGAGAUGGGGAGAUCCGAUACUCCAUCAGAGAUGGUUCUGGCGUUGGUGUUUUCAGAAUAGGUGAAGAGACAGGUGUCAUAGAGACGUCAGAUCGACUGGACCAUGAAUCGACCUCCCAUUAUUGGCUGACAGUCUUUGCAACCGAUCAGGGUGUCGUGCCUCUUUCAUCGUUUAUGGAGAUCUACAUAGAGGUUGGGGAUGUCAAUGACAAUGCACCACAGACAUCAGAGCCUGUUUAUUACCCAGAAAUCAUGGAAAAUUCUCCUAAAGAUGUAUCUGUGGUCCAGAUCGAGGCAUUCGAUCCAGAUUCGAGCUCUAGUGACAAGCUCAUGUACAAAAUUACAAGUGGAAAUCCACAAGGAUUCUUUUCAAUACAUCCUAAAACAGGUCUCAUCACAACUACAUCAAGGAAGCUAGACCGAGAACAGCAAGAUGAACACAUAUUAGAGGUUACUGUGACAGACAGUGGUAGUCCCCCCAAAUCAACCAUUGCAAGAGUCAUUGUGAAAAUCCUUGAUGAAAAUGACAACAAACCUCAGUUUCUGCAAAAGUUCUACAAAAUCAGACUCCCUGAGCGAGAAAAGCCAGACCGAGACAGAAAUGCCAAACGGGAGCCCCUCUAUCGCGUGAUCGCCACCGACAAGGAUGACGGCCCCAAUGCGGAAAUCUCCUACAGCAUCGAAGACGGGAAUGAACACGGCAAAUUUUUCAUCGAACCAAAAACUGGAGUGGUUUCGUCCAGGAGGUUUUCAGCAGCUGGAGAAUAUGAUAUUCUUUCGAUUAAGGCAGUUGACAAUGGUCGCCCUCAAAAGUCAUCAACCACCAGACUCCAUAUUGAAUGGAUCUCCAAACCCAAACCGUCCCCGGAGCCCAUUUCAUUUGAAGAAUCAUUUUUUACCUUUACUGUGAUGGAAAGUGACCCCGUUGCCCACAUGAUUGGAGUAAUAUCUGUUGAGCCUCCUGGCAUACCCCUUUGGUUUGACAUCACUGGAGACACGCUUGCUAGAGAAGUUUUUUACAUCUUUCAGAUGACUUGUGACCCGAACUGUACAGCAGAAGGUGGCAACUAUGACAGUCACUUCGAUGUGGACAAGGGAACUGGAACCAUCAUUGUCGCCAAACCUCUUGAUGCAGAACAGAAGUCAAACUACAACCUCACAGUCGAGGCUACAGAUGGAACCACCACUAUCCUCACCCAGGUAUUCAUCAAAGUAAUAGACACAAAUGACCAUCGUCCUCAGUUUUCUACAUCAAAGUAUGAAGUUGUUAUUCCUGAAGAUACAGCGCCAGAAACAGAAAUUUUGCAGAUCAGUGCUGUGGAUCAGGAUGAGAAAAACAAACUAAUCUACACUCUGCAGAGCAGUAGAGAUCCAUUGAGUCUCAAGAAAUUUCGUCUUGAUCCUGCAACCGGCUCUCUCUAUACUUCUGAGAAGCUCGAUCAUGAAGCCGUUCACCAGCACACCCUCACGGUCAUGGUACGAGAUCAAGAUGUGCCUGUAAAACGCAACUUUGCAAGGAUUGUGGUCAAUGUCAGCGACACAAAUGACCACGCCCCGUGGUUCACCGCUUCCUCCUACAAAGGGCGGGUUUAUGAAUCGGCAGCCGUUGGCUCAGUUGUGUUGCAGGUGACGGCUCUGGACAAGGACAAAGGGAAAAAUGCUGAAGUGCUGUACUCUAUCGAGUCAGGAAAUAUUGGAAAUUCUUUUGUGAUUGAUCCUGUCUUGGGCUCUAUUAAAACAGCCAAAGAAUUAGAUCGAAGUAACCAAGUGGAGUAUGAUUUAAUGGUAAAAGCUACAGAUAAGGGCAGUCCACCUAUGAGUGAAAUAACUUCUGUGCGUAUCUUCAUCACAAUUGCUGACAAUGCCUCUCCGAAGUUUACAUCAAAAGAAUAUUCUGUUGAAAUUAGUGAAACUGUCAGCAUUGGGAGUUUUGUUGGGAUGGUUACAGCCCAUAGUCAGUCAUCAGUGGUGUAUGAAAUAAAAGAUGGAAAUAUAGGUGAUGCUUUUGAUAUUAAUCCACAUUCUGGAACUAUCAUCACUCAGAAAGCCCUGGACUUUGAAACUUUGCCCAUUUACACAUUGAUAAUACAAGGAACUAACAUGGCUGGUUUGUCCACUAAUACAACGGUUCUAGUUCACCUGCAGGAUGAGAAUGACAACUUGCCAGUUUUUAUGCAGGCAGAAUACACAGGACUCAUUAGUGAAUCAGCCUCAAUUAACAGUGUGGUCCUAACAGACAGGAAUGUCCCACUGGUGAUUCGAGCAACUGAUGCUGAUAAAGACUCAAAUGCUUUGCUUGUAUAUCACAUUGUUGAACCAUCUGUACACAAAUAUUUUGCUAUUGAUUCUAGCACUGGUGCUAUUCAUACAGUACUAAGUCUGGACUAUGAAGAAACAAGUAUUUUUCACUUCACCGUACAAGUGCAUGACAUGGGAACCCCACGUUUAUUUGCUGAGUAUGCAGCCAAUGUAACAGUACAUGUAAUUGACAUUAAUGACUGCCCUCCUGUGUUCGCCAAGCCAUUAUAUGAAGCAUCUCUUUUGUUGCCAACAUACAAAGGAGUAAAAGUCAUCACAGUAAAUGCUACGGAUGCCGAUUCAAGCGCAUUCGCACAGUUGAUUUACUCCAUCACCGAAGGCAAUAUCGGGGACAAGUUUUCUAUGGACUACAAGACUGGUGCUCUCACUGUCCAAAACACAACUCAGUUAAGAAGCCGCUAUGAGCUAACCGUUAGAGCUUCCGACGGCAGAUUUGCCGGCCUUACCUCUGUCAAAAUUAAUGUGAAAGAAAGCAAAGAAAGUCACCUAAAGUUUACCCAGGAUGUCUACUCUGCAGUAGUGAAAGAGAAUUCCACCGAGGCGAAAACAUUAGCUGUCAUUACUGCUAUUGGGAAUCCAAUCAAUGAGCCUUUGUUUUAUCACAUCCUCAACCCAGAUCGCAGAUUUAAAAUAAGCCGCACUUCAGGAGUUCUGUCAACCACUGGUAUACCCUUCGAUCGUGAGCAGCAGGAGGCGUUUGAUGUGGUUGUAGAAGUGACAGAGGAACGUAAGCCUUCCGCAGUGGCCCACGUUGUCGUGAAGGUCAUUGUAGAAGACCGGAAUGAUAAUGCACCGGUGUUUGUCAACCUUCCCUACUACGCCAUUGUUAAAGUGGACACUGAGGUGGGCCAUGUCAUUCGCUAUGUCACUGCUGUAGACAGAGACAGUGGCAGAAACGGGGAAGUGCAUUACUACCUCAAGGAACAUCAUGAACACUUUCAGAUUGGACCCUUGGGUGAAAUUUCACUGAAAAAGCAAUUUGAACUUGACACCUUAAAUAAAGAAUAUCUUGUUGCAGUGGUUGCAAAAGAUGGAGGGAACCCGGCCUUUUCAGCGGAAGUUAUCGUUCCGAUCACUGUCAUGAAUAAAGCCAUGCCUGUGUUUGAAAAACCUUUCUACAGUGCAGAGAUUGCAGAGAACAUCCAGGUGCACAGCCCUGUGGUCCACGUGCAGGCCAACAGCCCAGAAGGCUUGAAAGUGUUCUACAGCAUCACAGAUGGAGACCCUUUCAGCCAGUUCACUAUUAACUUCAAUACUGGAGUUAUCAACGUCAUAGCUCCUCUGGACUUUGAGGCCCACCCGGCAUAUAAACUGAGCAUACGCGCAACUGACUCCUUGACAGGCGCUCAUGCUGAAGUAUUUGUGGACAUCAUAGUAGAGGACAUCAAUGAUAACCCUCCUGUGUUUGCUCAGCAGUCUUAUGCGGCAACCCUGUCUGAGGCAUCUGUAAUUGGAACAUCUGUUGUUCAAGUCCGAGCCACAGAUUCUGAUUCAGAACCAAAUAGAGGAAUCUCAUACCACAUGUUUGGGAAUCUCAGCAAGAGUCAUGAUCAUUUUCAUGUAGACAGCAACACCGGCCUCAUCUCACUCCUCAGAACCCUGGAUUACGAGCAGUCCCGGCAGCACACGAUUUUUGUGAGGGCUGUUGAUGGUGGUAUGCCCCCGCUGAGCAGUGAUGUGAUUGUCACGGUGGACGUUACCGACCUCAAUGAUAAUCCACCACUCUUUGAACAACAGAUUUACGAAGCCAGAAUUAGCGAGCACGCCCCUCAUGGGCAUUUUGUGACCUGUGUAAAAGCCUAUGAUGCAGACAGUUCAGACGCAGACAAGUUGCAGUAUUCCAUUCUGUCUGGCAAUGAUCAUAAACAUUUUGUCAUUGACAGUGCAACAGGGAUUAUCACCCUCUCAAACCUGCGCCGGCACGCCUUGAAGCCAUUUUACAGUCUUAACCUGUCAGUUUCUGAUGGAGUUUUUAGAAGUUCCACCCAGGUUCAUGUAACUGUAAUUGGAGGCAAUUUGCACAGUCCUGCUUUUCUUCAGAACGAAUAUGAAGUGGAACUAGCUGAAAACGCUCCCCUACAUACCCUGGUGAUGGAGGUGAAAACUACCGAUAGGGAUUCUGGUAUUUAUGGCCACGUUACUUACCAUAUUGUAAAUGACUUUGCCAAAGACAGAUUUUACAUAAAUGAGAGAGGACAGAUAUUUACUUUGGAGAAACUUGAUCGAGAAACCCCAGCGGAGAAAGUGAUCUCCGUCCGUUUAAUGGCUAAGGAUGAUGGAGGAAAAGUUGCUUUCUGCACUGUGAAUGUCAUCCUUACAGAUGACAAUGAUAAUGCACCACAAUUUCGAGCAACCAAAUAUGAAGUGAAUAUUGGAUCCAGUGCUGCUAAAGGGACUUCAGUCAUUAAAGUUCUUGCAAGUGAUGCCGAUGAGGGCUCCAAUGCCGACGUCACCUAUGCCAUUGAAGCAGACUCUGAAAGUGUAAAAGAGAAUUUGGAAAUUAACAAACUGUCUGGCGUAGUCACUACAAAGGAGAGCCUCAUUGGCUUGGAAAAUGAAUUCUUCACUUUCUUUGUUAGAGCUGCAGAUAAUGGGUCUCCAUCAAAAGAAUCUGUUGUUCCCGUCUAUGUUAAAAUCCUUCCACCAGAAAUGCAGCUUCCAAAAUUUUCAGAACCUUUCUAUACCUAUACAGUGUCGGAGGACGUGCCUAUUGGAACAGAAAUAGACCUCAUCCGAGCAGAACAUAGCGGGACUGUUCUUUACAGCCUGGUCAAAGGGAAUACUCCAGAAAGCAAUAGGGAUGAGUCCUUUGUGAUUGACAGACAGAGCGGGAGACUGAAGCUGGAGAAGAGUCUUGAUCAUGAGACCACUAAGUGGUAUCAGUUUUCCAUACUGGCCAGGUGCACUCAGGAUGACCACGAGGUGGUGGCGUCUGUAGAUGUUAGUAUCCAAGUGAAAGAUGCAAAUGACAACAGCCCGGUCUUUGAAUCUAGUCCAUAUGAGGCAUUCAUUGUUGAAAACCUGCCAGGGGGAAGUAGAGUAAUUCAGAUCAGGGCAUCUGAUGCUGACUCAGGAACCAACAGCCAAGUUAUGUAUAGCCUGGAUCAGUCACAAAGUGUGGAAGUCAUUGAAUCCUUUGCCAUUAACAUGGAAACGGGCUGGAUUACAACUUUAAAGGAACUUGACCAUGAAAAGAGAGACAAUUACCAGAUUAAAGUGGUUGCAUCAGAUCAUGGUGAAAAGAUCCAUCUAUCCUCCACAGCCAUUGUGGAUGUUACCGUCACCGAUGUCAACGAUAGUCCACCACGAUUCACGGCCGAGAUCUAUAAAGGGACUGUGAGUGAGGAUGACCCCCCAGGUGGGGUGAUUGCCAUCUUAAGUACCACGGAUGCCGAUUCUGAAGAGAUCAACAGACAAGUUACAUAUUUCAUAACAGGAGGGGAUCCUUUAGGACAGUUUGCUGUUGAAAAUAUACAGAAUGAAUGGAAGGUAUAUGUGAAGAAACCUCUAGACAGGGAAAAAAGGGACAAUUACCUUCUUACUAUCACAGCAACUGAUGGCACCUUCUCAUCAAAAGCGAUAGUUGAAGUGAAAGUUCUGGAUGCAAAUGACAACAGUCCAGUUUGUGAAAAGACUUUAUAUUCAGACACUAUUCCUGAAGACGUCCUUCCUGGAAAACUGAUCAUGCAGAUCUCUGCUACAGACGCAGACAUCCGCUCUAACGCUGAAAUUACGUACACAUUAUUGGGUUCAGGUGCAGAAAAAUUCAAACUAAAUCCAGACACAGGUGAACUGAGAACGUCAACCCCCCUUGAUCGUGAGGAGCAAGCUGUUUAUCAUCUUCUCGUCAGGGCCACAGAUGGAGGAGGAAGAUUCUGCCAAGCCAGUGUUGUGCUCACGCUAGAAGACGUGAACGAUAGCGCCCCCGAAUUCUCUGCCGAUCCUUAUGCCAUCACUGUGUUUGAAAACACAGAGCCCGGAACGCUGCUGACAAGAGUGCAGGCCACGGAUGCCGACGCAGGAUUAAAUCGGAAGAUUUUAUACUCACUGAUUGACUCUGCUGAUGGACAGUUCUCCAUUAACGAAUUAUCUGGAAUUAUUCAGUUAGAAAAACCUUUGGACAGAGAACUACAGGCAGUAUACACCCUCUCUUUGAAAGCUGUGGACCAGGGCUUGCCAAGGAGGCUGACUGCCACUGGCACUGUGGUCGUAUCAGUUCUUGACAUAAAUGACAACCCCCCUGUGUUUGAGUACCGUGAAUAUGGUGCCACCGUGUCUGAGGACAUUCUUGUUGGAACUGAAGUUCUUCAAGUGUAUGCAGCAAGUCGGGAUAUUGAAGCAAAUGCAGAAAUCACCUACUCAAUAAUAAGUGGAAAUGAACAUGGGAAAUUCAGCAUAGAUUCUAAAACAGGGGCCGUAUUUAUCAUUGAGAAUCUGGAUUAUGAAAGCUCUCAUGAGUAUUACCUAACAGUAGAAGCCACUGAUGGAGGCACGCCUUCACUGAGUGACGUUGCCACUGUGAACAUUAAUGUAACAGACAUCAACGAUAAUACCCCUGUGUUCAGCCAAGACACCUACACAGCAGUCAUCAGUGAAGACGCCGUCCUUGAGCAAUCUGUCAUCACGGUUAUGGCCGAUGAUGCUGAUGGACCUUCCAACAGCCACAUCCACUACUCAAUUAUAGAUGGCAACCAGGGAAGCUCGUUCACAAUUGACCCCAUCAGGGGAGAAGUCAAAGUGACCAAACUUCUUGACCGGGAAACGAUUUCAGGUUACACGCUCACGGUUCAAGCUUCUGAUAAUGGCAGUCCACCCAGAGUCAACACGACGACUGUGAACAUCGAUGUGUCUGAUGUCAAUGACAACGCGCCCGUCUUCUCCAGGGGAAACUACAGUGUCAUUAUCCAGGAAAAUAAGCCGGUGGGCUUCAGCGUGCUGCAGCUGGUAGUAACAGAUGAGGAUUCUUCCCAUAACGGUCCACCCUUCUUCUUUACUAUUGUAACUGGAAAUGAUGAGAAGGCGUUUGAAGUUAACCAGCAAGGAGUCCUCCUGACUUCAUCUGCCAUCAAGAGGAAGGAGAAAGAUCAUUACUUACUGCAGGUGAAGGUGGCAGAUAAUGGAAAGCCUCAGUUAUCAUCUUUGACAUACGUUGACAUUAGGGUCAUUGAGGAGAGCAUCUAUCCCCCUGCGAUUUUGCCCCUAGAGAUUUUCAUCACCGCUUCUGGAGAAGAGUACUCAGGUGGCGUCAUUGGGAAGAUCCAUGCCACAGACCAGGACGUGUAUGAUACUCUCACCUACAGUCUCGACCCUCAGAUGGACAACCUGUUCUCUGUUUCCAGCACAGGGGGCAAGCUGAUAGCACACAAAAAGCUAGACAUAGGGCAGUACCUUCUCAACGUCAGCGUAACAGAUGGGAAGUUCACGACGGUGGCCGACAUCACAGUGCAUAUCAGACAAGUCACACAGGAGAUGUUGAACCACACCAUCGCGGUCCGCUUUGCCAACCUCACUCCGGAAGAAUUUGUUGGCGACUACUGGCGCAACUUCCAGCGAGCUUUACGGAACAUCCUGGGUGUGAGGAGGAACGACAUACAGAUUGUUAGUUUGCAGUCCUCUGAACCUCACCCACAUCUGGACGUCUUACUUUUUGUAGAGAAAUCAGGUAGUGCUCAGAUUUCAACAAAACAACUUCUGCACAAGAUUAACUCUUCCGUGACUGACAUUGAGGAAAUCAUUGGAGUUAGGAUACUGAAUGUAUUCCAGAAACUCUGCGCAGGACUGGACUGCCCCUGGAGGUUCUGCGAUGAAAAGGUGUCUGUGGAUGAAAGUGUGAUGUCAACACACAGCACAGCCAGACUGAGUUUUGUGACUCCCCGCCACCACAGGGCAGCGGUGUGUCUCUGCAAAGAGGGAAAAUGCCCACCUGUCCACCAUGGCUGUGAAGAUAAUCCAUGCCCUGAGGGAUCCGAAUGUGUGUCUGAUCCCCGGGAGGAGAAACACACCUGUGUCUGUCCCGGCGGCAGGUUUGGUCAGUGCCCAGGGAGUUCGUCUAUGACACUGACUGGAAACAGCUAUGUGAAAUAUCGUCUGACGGAAAAUGAAAACAAAUUAGAGAUGAAACUGACCAUGAGGCUCAGAACGUAUUCCAUGCAUGCAGUCGUCAUGUAUGCUCGAGGAACUGACUAUAGCAUCUUGGAGAUUCAUCAUGGAAGGCUGCAGUACAAGUUUGACUGUGGAAGUGGCCCUGGAAUUGUCUCUGUUCAGAGCAUUCAGGUCAAUGAUGGGCGGUGGCACGCAGUGUCCCUGGAAGUGAACGGAAACUAUGCUCGUUUGGUUCUAGACCAAGUUCAUACUGCGUCGGGCACAGCCCCAGGGACUCUGAAAACGCUGAACCUGGAUAACUAUGUGUUUUUCGGCGGCCACAUCCGUCAGCAGGGAACAAGGCACGGACGAAGUCCUCAAGUUGGUAAUGGUUUCAGGGGUUGUAUGGACUCCAUUUAUUUGAAUGGGCAGGAGCUCCCUUUAAACAGCAAACCCAGAAGCUACGCACACAUCGAAGAGUCGGUGGAUGUGUCUCCAGGCUGCUUCCUGACGGCGGCGGAAGACUGCGCCAGCAACCCUUGCCAGAAUGGAGGCGUUUGCAGUCCGUCACCUGCUGGAGGUUAUUACUGCAAAUGCAGUGCCUUAUACAUAGGGACCCACUGUGAGAUAAGCGUGAAUCCGUGUUCCUCCAACCCAUGCCUCUAUGGGGGCACGUGCGUUGUCGACAGCGGAGGCUUUGUUUGCCAGUGUAGAGGAUUAUAUACUGGUCAGAGGUGUCAGCUUAGUCCAUACUGCAGAGAUGAACCGUGUAAGAAUGGCGGAACAUGCUUUGACAGUUUGGAUGGCGCCGUUUGUCAGUGUGAUUCAGGCUUUAGGGGAGAAAGGUGUCAGAGUGAUGUUGAUGAGUGCACUGGAAACCCCUGCCUGCACGGGGCCCUCUGUGAGAACACACACGGCUCCUAUCACUGCAACUGCAGCCACGAGUACAGGGGACGUCACUGCGAGGAUGCUGCACCCAACCAGUACGUGUCCACGCCGUGGAACAUUGGGUUGGCAGAAGGAAUCGGAAUCGUUGUGUUUAUUGCAGGGAUAUUUUUACUGGUGGUGGUGUUUGUUCUCUGCCGUAAGAUGAUUAGUCGGAAAAAGAAGCAUCAGGCCGAACCUGAAGACAAGCACCUGGGACCCGCUACGGCUUUCUUGCAGAGACCAUAUUUUGAUUCCAAGCUAAAUAAGAACAUUUACUCAGACAUACCACCCCAGGUGCCUGUGCGGCCUAUUUCCUACACGCCGAGCAUUCCAAGUGACUCGAGAAACAAUCUUGACCGAAAUUCCUUCGAAGGAUCUGCUAUCCCAGAGCAUCCCGAAUUCAGCACUUUUAACCCCGAGUCUGUGCACGGGCACCGAAAAGCAGUGGCAGUCUGCAGCGUGGCGCCAAACCUGCCUCCCCCACCUCCUUCAAACUCCCCUUCUGACAGCGACUCCAUCCAGAAACCUAGCUGGGACUUUGACUAUGACACGAAAGUGGUGGAUCUCGAUCCCUGUCUUUCCAAGAAGCCUCUAGACGAAAAGGCUUCCCAGCCGUACAGUGCCCGGGAAAGCCUGUCUGAAGUGCAGUCCCUGAGCUCCUUCCAGUCCGAAUCGUGCGAUGACAAUGCUUCCAUAGUGACCGUAAUGCACCUUGUCAAUGCUGUGGUUGACACGGCGAGCACAGAAGGUACAGUUAAUCUUUGGCUGCUCCUGACCUCAGCAAACCAAGAGGGUAUCACUGGGAUACAUCAGACUGGAUGCCAAGCGUUCCUCUGCCGGACAUACAGGAGUUCCCCAACUAUGAGGUGAUUGAUGAGCAGACACCCCUGUACUCAGCAGAUCCAAACGCCAUCGAUACGGAUUAUUACCCUGGAGGGUAUGACAUCGAAAGUGAUUUUCCUCCACCCCCGGAAGACUUCCCCGCAGCCGAUGAGCUACCACCACUACCGCCCGAAUUCAGCGAUCAGUUUGAAUCCAUCCACCCUCCUAGAGACAUGCCUGCCGCGGGUAGCUUGGGUUCUUCAUCAAGAAACCGGCAGAGGUUCAACUUGAAUCAGUAUUUGCCCAAUUUUUAUCCCCUCGAUAUGUCUGAACCUCAAACAAAAGGCACUGGUGAGAAUCGUACUUGUAGAGAAUCCCAUGCCCCUUACCCGCCAGGGUAUCAAAGACACUUCGAGGCGCCCGCUGUCGAGAGCAUGCCCAUGUCAGUGUACGCCUCCACGGCCUCCUGCUCCGACGUGUCGGCCUGCUGCGAAGUGGAGUCCGAGGUCAUGAUGAGUGACUAUGAGAGCGGGGACGACGGCCACUUCGAAGAGGUGACGAUCCCGCCCCUGGAUUCCCAGCAGCACACGGAAGUCUGACUCUCAGCUCCCCCCAAAGUGCCUGACUUUAGUGAACCUAGAGAUGAUACGAGUAAUCCGCAUUGUUCUUUGCAGCAGUGCUUCCAAGCUUUUUUUGGUGAGCCGAAUGGGCAUGGCUGCGCUGGAUCCUGCACCUCUGGACAUGCUAGCCAUUUCCAGUGUCCCAGCUACUGUCAUCGUGAGGUUUUCAUCGGCUGUGCUGUUUCCCAACGUCUUUUGGGAUUUACAUCUGUCUGUGUUAAAAUAAUCAAACGAAGAAUCAGUCCUGUGUUGUCAGCAUGAUUCAUGUAUUUAUAUAGAUUUGAUUAUUUUAAUUUUCCUGUCUCUUUUUUUUGUAAAUUUUAUGUACAGAUUUGAUUUUUCAUAGUUUUAACUAGAUUUCCAAGAUAUUUUGUGCAUUUGUUUCAACUGAAUUUUGGUGGUGUUAGUGCCAUUAUCUAGCACCCUGUUUUUUUUUUUUACUAUAACCAGGGUUUCACUCUGUCUUUUUCCACUGAAGUAUGACAUUUUGUUAGAAUAUUUCAGUGUAGUCAUUCAUUUCUAGCUGUACAUAGGAUGAGGGAGAGAUGUGAUACAUGAACAUGUCUUACAUGGGUUGCUGUAUUUAGAAUUAUAAACAUUUUUCAUUAUUGGAAAGUGUAACGGGGACCUUCUGCAUACCUGUUUAGAACCAAAACCACCAUGACACAGUUUUUAUAGUGUCUGUAUAUUUGUGAUGCAAUGGUCUUGUAAAGGUUUUUAAUGAAAACUACCAUUAGCCAGUCUUUCUUACUGACAAUAAAUUAUUAAUAAAAUACUU